CGACACGAUUCUUUAGGUAGAGGAUGGUAAUUUCGCGCGGCCCAAUGAGAACUUAACACGUGUUAAGGGUACAAAGUGCCGCCGAUAAAGUCGAUCACUCCAUUCCAGUGUUUUACCGCCGUUACUCCGCUCUCGUUUUCUGUAAUCUGUUCUAUCUGAAGAGGCACCCAUCGUAAUCAUAAGAAGAAGGUUUGUUGCAAGCCGAAUCUAUGGCGAAUCCUAGGGUUUUUGGCAACCCAAAACCAAAUCAAGCUGGUAUCAUUUCCAAAAUCCGAGUCGAAAAUUUUAUGUGCCAUAACAAUCUCGAAAUUGACUUCGGAGAUUCGGUAAAUUUUAUCACAGGCCAAAAUGGAAGUGGUAAAAGUGCAAUCCUCACUGCCUUGUGUUUGGCGUUUGGAAGCCGUGCUAGAGGCACGCAAAGGGCAAAUACAAUGAAGGACUUCAUAAAGACAGGCUGCAGCUAUGCUCUUGUACAUGUAGAGAUAAAGAACCAAGGGGAGGAUUCUUUCAAGCCUGAAACAUAUGGUCGGACCAUAAUAGUAGAGCGCAGGAUAUCAGAAUCUGCCAGUUCUAUCAUUUUAAAGAACCACCAAGGCAAAAAGGUGGCUACUCGAAGAGAGGAUCUCCAUGAACUAGUGGAGCACUUUAAUAUUGAUGUUGAAAAUCCAUGUGUUAUAAUGAGUCAAGACAAAAGUCGAGAAUUCUUGCAUUCGGGAAAUGAUAGAGACAAGUUCAAGUUCUUUUUCAAGGCAACACUUCUUCAGCAAGUGGAGGAUCUUCUGAAGGGUAUUGAAGGUCACCUGUGUAAUGCAGAUAGUCUGAUUGAUGAACUAGAGAAGUCCAUUAGCCCAAUAGUUAAGGAAAUUGAGGAGCUGAAGAUCAAGAUAAAAAGUGUGGAACAAAUAGAAGAGAUAUCUCAUCAGUUGGAGCUGCUAAAAAAGAAACUAGCUUGGUCGUGGGUCUAUAAUGUAGACACUCAACUGCGGGAAAAAAGUGAGUUGAUUGUGAAACUAAAUGGACGUAUUCCUAUGUGUCAGUCCCGAAUAGAUCAGUGGAUGAGAAGGAUUGAGGAAUUGAGUGAUCGCAUAGCCAAGAAAAAUGCACAAGUUGCUGUUUUAAUGGAGAAUACAUCAAAAUUCAUGAUCGAGAAGGAUGAUUUGAAGCAAAGAAUUUCUUUGGCUACAAAAGAUAAACUUGGCGUAGAAGAAGAACAUGGACGUAAAGCCAAUUACAUUCAGACAUUAGAAAAACGACGGAAGUUGCUGGACAGACAAAUUCAUGAAACUCAAGAGCAACAUAUUAGAAAUACUCAGGCAGAAGAGCACGAGAUGGAGGAAAGAUUGAAGGAGUUACAAGAAGAUGUGGACAAUGCUUGUUUAAUACUUCAAAGAUUGAGAGCUGAAGAGGAUGCCCUAUUAGUAAAUAUUGGAAAAACAAAGGAUCAAGUGAAUGCUAUUAUUGGUGAAAUUCAGGAAAAUGAAAAAGAGCUUUCUCGUAUUCGUAGGCACAUUGGUGAGCUUCAGCUUAAUAGAACCAGCAAGGUUACAGCUUUUGGAGGGAAUCGAGUGACUCAUCUUUUGAAGGAGAUUGAAAGAAAUCAUAAAAGGUUCAAGAGGCCCCCAAUUGGUCCAAUUGGUUCCCAUGUGACCUUGGUUGAUGGGGAGAAGUGGGGAGCUGCAGUAGAAAAUGCAAUUGGAAGGCUGCUAAAUGCUUUUAUUGUUACAGACCAUAAAGACUCUCUUGUUCUAAGGGCAUGUGCUAAGGAUGCCAACUAUGGCAACCUUCAGAUUAUCAUAUAUGACUUUUCAAGACCAAGGUUAAAUAUUCCAAGCCACAUGCUCCCUCAAACUGGUCAUCCAACUACAAUUUCCGUUUUACGCUCUCAAGAAGAUACAGUAAUGAAUGUCCUAAUUGAUAUGGGUAAUGCUGAGAGACAAGUUCUUGUUGAUGACUAUGACACUGGAAAAGGGGUUGCUUUUCAGCAAGCAAUUGCAAAUUUGAAAGAGGUUUACACUUCUGAUGGAUAUAAAAUGUUUUCCCGAGGUUCAGUGCAAACUACUCUUCCACCAAUGAAGAAUGCUAGAACUGGACGUCUUUGUGGUUCAUUCGUCAAUCAGAUAGAGAGUCUUGAAAGAGAUGCAUCAAAUGUAGAAGAGCGCAUUGAAGAAGCUAAGGUAUUGAAGCGGGGAUAUGAUAAAGAUCUUAGAAUUCUCAACGAGAAGUGGCAAAAUACUAAAAGGAUGCGAACUGAUGCUGAUCGAGACUCGCAGUCUAAGGAAUUCCGCUUAAACGAUUUUAAAAAGUCACGGUUUGCAGAAACUUGCACCACAACUACAUCCAAUGAUGAACUUCUUCAGGAAGAAUCGAAAAUCAUCAAUGAGAUUCAAGAAGAGGAAAAACUUCUGGAGAAAAUUCAGGUGGAAUUGGAAGAAGCGGAAGAUAAAAGAAAUGAUUUAAAGAUGGAAUUGGAAAAUUUGUGUGGGUUGGCAAAUAAGGACAAGGUUGCCUUGGGAAAUGCAGAAGAGGAGCUGAAGCAGAUAGUAAAUGACCUAGACGAUGCCAAAUUGAAGAAGAAUCAUUAUGAAAAGCUCAUGAAUAGCAAAGUCUUAACUGAACUCAAGGAGGUGGAGAAAGAAUAUCAAGAGCUUGAGCAUAGCCGUAAGGAAAGCUACAGAAAAGCUUCAAUCAUAUGCUCUGAGAGUGAGAUUGACAGUCUUGGAGGCUGCUCUGGAAGUACACCAGAGCAACUUAGUGCCCAACUUACAAGGCUAAGUAAUAGACUCCAACAAGAGAGUCGGAGACACCCAGAAUCUAUUGAUGAUCUGCGAGUGUUGUAUGAGAACAAGGAGCGAAAGAUAUUUAAGAAGCAGCAAACAUAUAAAGCGUUCCGUGAUAAGCUUGCUGCUUGCCGCAAAGCGCUUGAUUUACGGUGGAACAAGUUUCACAGAAAUGCCAGUCUCUUGAAGCGCCAGUUAACUUGGCAAUUUAAUGGCCACUUGGGAAAGAAAGGGAUCAGUGGGAAAAUCAUAGUUGAUUAUGAAAAGAAGACCCUUUCAGUAGAGGUUACAAUGCCCCAAGAUGCAUCAAGCAGCUCAGUUCAGGACACUAGGGGGCUUUCAGGGGGAGAACGCUCUUUCUCGACUUUGUGCUUUGCACUUGCCCUUCAUGAAAUGAUAGAAGCACCUUUUCGAGCUAUGGAUGAGUUUGAUGUGUUUAUGGAUGCAGUAAGCAGAAAAAUCAGCCUGGACGCUCUUGUUGACUUUGCAUUGGCUCAAGGAUCGCAGUGGAUAUUCAUCACACCUCAUGACAUUAGUAUGGUGAAGCAGGAUGAGAGGGUGAGGAAGCAGCAAAUGGCAGCUCCUCGUGCAUAACUAUUCUGUUGUAUUACUCAAACCAGAAUUGAGUUGUGUAGAAUACAUCAAAUCUUUUGACCUUGAUAACCAUGAUUUAUGUUAUUUUGACAUUUGAAGGGGAUGUAUCUUCAUGCUCUCUGGCUUCAUGGUCAUGUUUUAUAUUUAUCGAAUUGGUUAAUUAAAGUGCCAUUACAACUC